AUGUCUACAGACCGCGAAAAAGAAGGGAAGAAGAAUUACGUGAGUAUUUUUCAUGUGAAAGCUGAGUUUGAAGAUAAAACAGAGCAGACAACUCAUGUAGUUGAUAAUCAUCACGUGUCACACAUAUCUGGUUUUAAAAAUUACUUACACACAAUCAAACAAGGAAUAAUAGAUGGCGUUAAAAGCUUCAUCGGUAAACACAAGGUAAAUGAUGACGAUUACGAAGGUCCUUUGGGAUUUAUAAAUAAAUUACAUAAAAAAAGUACAGAUGCUGCUCAUCACUUUCACGAUGCGGUCUUCGGACACUCAACUCAUGAACAUUACUAA